CGACGCCGCGCCGCUCAGUUCCUCUCCGGAGGCGGUCGUUCGCAGACGGAGGGGCUUUGAGUUGCUGCCGCGCGCCCGACGCCCGGCAUCCCGGACGUGAUCGGCGAGACGAACGAACGACCAGCACGACGACGACGUCGUCGACGGCGUGGCACCGCGGCGGCGCUGCAGCAGGCCGCAGGCCGGGCCGGCCCCGGGGGAGGGAGGCGCUGUCCGCGAAUCUCGACGCCACGCCGCCACCACGCGUUGCGACGUUUAUUUUUACGUGGUGUGCCCGCUGGGAAGCGUGAACGCGUGACGUCACGCUAGUGUCUGCGUGCGCGCGCCCGUGAGUGAGUGUGUGUGUGUGUGUGCCGGUGGGCGACGAGGGCACGAAGAGGAGGACCGUAUCAUCUGCAGCGACCUCAUCACAUUGGAAUACUUUGUCGGAGUUGGCAUAUUAACGUGGAGUUACAGUGGUGGUGCAGUGGUGGUGUUGGUGCUGUGAAGUGUGUGCGAAAUCAGUGCAGUGCAUAUGAAAAAUAGUGUCAAAUGCAGCGGGUGCCGCGCUGACAUGUGAUGGCAGGUGGCGGUGCAGUCUGACAAGUGUGUGUGCGUGAGAGAGAGAGAGAGAGAGCGUGUGUGUGUGUGUGAGCACGACGGUGUUGACAGAAGAGCCGCCCAGGAUGUCGCCGCCGGCCCGGCCGUCGUGGCCGUGGAGCCGGCCGCGGUGCCCCCCGCCGGCAGGAGGAUGCCGUCGCGGUGGCGCGCUGCUGCUGCUGCUGACGCUGCUGGCGCUCGCCGUCUCUUCAGUGCAAGGCGUGCGGGACACAAUAUCAUGGCGGACGGACGCGGUUAGACAUCGCCGCGGGCUGCAGCAGCGAGACCUAUCGGGGCUGGUGGGCGAGACGGUGCAGCUGCCGUGCCACGUGGACACGGCGUCGUGCGGGACGGUGCACUCGGUCAAGUGGUACCGGGGCUCGUCCCGCAUCUACGUCUUCAGCGAGAUGGCUGUCGUGGACCACGCCGAGGGCGACUACGUUGAAAGGGCGGAGCUGCACUACACGCCCAACGCGACGCAGAUGCACCUGAACAUCAAGAACCUGGCGGUGGUGGACGAAGCGACGUACAAGUGCGAGAUCACGUACAACGAGGUGAAGGACGGCUGCGCCGUCGUGCAGUUCAUCAACCUCACCACCAUGAUUAAGCCCCAGUACGUGAAGGUGACUCGGGAGUCCACCGAGCUGCAGAACUCGACGCUGAUCGGCCCCUUCAGCGAGGGGGACGACCUGGCGCUGACCUGCGAGUCCGGCGGCGGCAAGCCCAUCCCCGCGGUCGCGUGGUACAACGGCUCGCAGAAGCUCAGCGGUGACUACACGACGGAGCCCGGAACCAACGGCGCGGGCACAGGCCGGAACUCCGUGCGGCUCACGCUGUCCCGGGGCGACCUGGGCGCCAAGUACGAGUGCAGGGCGACCAACGAUGCCCUGGAGAGUCCUAUGGUGGCCUCCGUCGAGGUGGACGUCAACGUGCGUCCGCUGGCGCUGGAGCUCACCGGCGUGGACCAGCAUGUGGUGCAGGGCUCGAGCGUGACGCUGCAGUGCGUGGUGUCCGGGGCGCGGCCCUCCGCCACGGUCACCUGGUACAACGGCACCGAACCGCUCGACCCGAACCGCGUCGAGAUCAAGGACAGCCAGGCGCUCCAGCCAAGGACGCGAGUUAUUGACAACUCCGACGGCACGCACGAUACCGUGAGCGAGCUGGUGUUCACCGCGACGCGCUACGAGAACGGCGAGUCACUGACAUGCGAGGGCACCAACGAGGUCCUGCAGCAGCACAGCGAGCCACCCAUGAGGAAGACCGUCGCGCUGGAGGUCAUGUGUAAGUACCCAGAGAAUGUUACAGCCAUGCGGCGCGACGGUGAGCCGAUCGUCCUGGAGCGCAAGGACCACUACGAGGGCAGCACCCCGGACCAGACGACGCUGCUCAUCAAGAACUCGACGCGCCACGACCACGGGCUGUACACGUGCGAGCUGGAGAACAGCGUCGGCAAGGGCAACUCCUCCAACGGCGUCUACGUCAACAUUCAGUUCCGUCCCGUAGUUCGGCUGGAGAUGGACCCUCCGACGCCUGUGAGUGAGCUGGCCAAGAUGAACAUCACCCUCAUCUGCAGGGUGGAAGCUGGCAACCCAGAGACCCUGCAGGCGGUGCGCUGGCUGCUGGACGGCGAGCUGCUCAAGGAGCUGCCCGACUGCAACUCGACGGCCAUGGGCGACUCGUUCUGCGACGUGGACCCGAGCAAGCUGCUGCUCGAGGCGGUGGAGCGCUCCUUCCACGGCAACUACUCGUGCGAGGGCGCCAACGAGGCGGGCUGGGGCCCCGUCUCGGAAGACACGCAGCUCAUCGUCUACUACCCGCCGGGCCCCGCCGAGCUGACGCACUCGCCGAAGCGCGUCGUCAAGAACAGCGAGGUGACGCUUAGCUGCGGCGUCCAGGACCUGGGCCGGCCGCCCACGACCGUCUUCCGCUGGUUCCGCAACUCGGUGCCCAUCAACAACGUGACGUCGGCCAACUGGACCAUCAACCCGGUCAACCUGCGCACCCGCUCCAACCUCACCUGCCUGGCGGUCAACGAGGGCGGCGAGGGCGAGAGCGCCACGGCCGAGAUCAACGUGCUGGCGCCGCCGGCUUUCAUCGAGCGCCUCAACCCGUACGAGGGCGCGCUCUUCAACGCCACGCACAUCAACAUCACCUGCCAGGUGGAGUGCCAGCCGCUGUGCGACGUCAACUGGCUCAAGAACGGCCAGGCGGUGGAGCACAUCCGGCACGACGGCGUGCCCAUGUACUCGGUGCGCAACGCGGUCGUGGACCCGGACUACAACCGCGGCGACUUCGAGUCGCAGCGCUCCACGCUCAUCUGGAACAUGGCGGCCUGGCCCGGCGGCCAGCUCGACCGCGUCCACGACAACGCCAACUACACGUGCCAGAGCUCGAGCAACGAGGUGGCCGCGGGCGUCAAGAGCCACACCAUCUUCGGCGUCGAGUACCCGCCCGAGAACAUCACCGUCUCCAAGCAGGUGGUGUCCGUGGUGGAGUCGCGCGUGCCCGAGAUGGUGCUGUGCUCGGCGCGCGCCUACCCGGAGGCCAUGUACGAGUGGCGGGCCGAGAACUCGACGGACGAGAGCGCCGUCAUCAAGCGGCACAAGCUGAUCCUCAACAAGUCGAUGCACCGGAAGGACAGCGGCAACUGGACGUGCACGGCGUUCAACCGCCACGGCUCGGUGUCCACCACCAUCCGCAUCGACGUGCAAUACAAGCCCGAGUGCACCAUCACGUCGGAGGAGGUGGACGGGCAGCUCGUGCUGACGUGCCUGGUGCGCGCCAACCCGGACCAGGUGUCGUUCACUUGGCGCAUCGAGAACUCCAACGAGACCGUCGAGGAGAACGUUGUGAGCCAGGGGCUGCGCAGUCGCCUCACCCUGGACACCCGCGCCGAGGACACGAGGACCUACUUGUGCUUCGCCACCAACUCGGUGGGGCCGUCCUUCCCCUGUGAGCGAGGCGUGCAGGCCCACUACAAGGAGAAAAGUAGUAAGUUAGCUUCAGGUAACUUGAGCUGGUGGAAGCGCCUGGAGAACGACAACCUCGUCAUCAUUAUCGCCGUGGUGAUCAGCACCAUCAUCAUGGUCCUCAUCAUCUGCAUCAUCAUCAUCCUGGUGUGCCGUCGCAAGCGGGCCGCGGAUAAAUAUAAUAACCCCGUGGAGCUGGAAGAGAGACAAAAUCCCGAGGGCGACGCCAGCGCCCCGCCACCCGACGGCGCCCCCUCGCCCGGCGCCGCCUCCCCCGCCGGGAGCCCCGCCAGCCCCGCCAGCCCCGCCAGCCCCGGCAGCGCCGCGGGCCGCCUGGGCCGCCAGGGCAAGUGGCCUCUGCGCCCGGGGGUCAUGGUGCACGUCAACGGCGCGCACAGCCUCAGCCUGUCGCGCCUGCCCGAGAACGAGGCCAACAACAACAAUAACAAUACCAACGUGGCCAACAACAACAACAACGCGGACUGCAGCAGCACCCCCGCGCUGGACCCCACCGGCCCGAAGAAGCAGAAGCGCAGAAAGCGCGCCGCCAGCCUGACGACGCUGCAGCCGCAGCCGCUGCAGCCGGCCGACGAGACCAACCAGCACUCCAGGGCCAACCGGAUCCGGCAGAUGUUCUCGAACUGCGACCAGAACGGCAGGAAUAGCUAUAGCUCCAAGAGGGGGGACACGCUGCCCGGGGUGUUCCACAGCAAGUCAGGAGUGGUCACGUUCAAGAGGCUAGACGAGUCGGCGAAUCCCGGUGGCUCUAGAAAGCGCAAGAAGCCGGGAGCAGGCCCCAACCCCUCCAUCGGCAUGGACAAAGCCAAGGACAGGAACAAUGCCGCCAACGACGCCUUGCUCCAGCCGGAUGCUGACGGCAAAGCUUUCUACGAAAACCUGCCCUUCCACGGCAUUCAGAACGCCCCCAAUAAGACCCUGCACCUCAGCCAGAGCCACCUGCAGCACCCGCUCUACCAGCUGUCCUCGGGCCCGGCCCUGGGGUCGCCGCUCGGCCUCGGCCACCACGGCCUUGGCGGCCACCAUGGCCUCCACGCCGGGCUGGGCGAGACGACGCUCGUGUCGCGGCAGAGCCACGGCCUGGGCUACGGCCACAGUGCCACGCUGCAGAGGCCGCCCUCGCGGCACAAGCAGCCGCAGGCCUCGGCCAACAACCACCACCAGCAGAGGCUGUCGUCGUGCGCCUCGCUGCCGCGGCGGCAGGGCCACGGCCAGGCCUCGGUGCCCGCCAUCGCGCGCGGCCUCGGCGGCCCCGCCUCGGCCAUACCCCCGUCCAUUCCCCCUCUCCCCUACUCACAGCCGCCCAGCUACGCCGGGCUUGUGGACACCAACAGUAGUGCCAUUUAUUCAGACAUUAUUGGGGCCAGAAGAGGCCUCUCGGGUGGUGGUGGUGGAGGAGGAGGAGGAGGAGGCGGCGGUGGGGGUGGGGUGGGUAGUUCGAGAAGAAACUAUGCCAACAGCCUCCACCACAACCACAAAGACAGAGAGAGGCAGGUCCCACCUUUAUAUAGUGAACAUAAUGACUUAGACUUGGACAUGGAUCUGGACCAUGCAGUGCUAAAGUUCCACGAUGUGGGUCAAGAGAUUGAUGUGUGAAAAAGACUUUUGUGUGAUCAUCGGGAUAGUAUUGCAGCCCUACCGACCCGAGUUCUCCGACUUGGACUACGCGGAUGUAGACUACCGCUCUUAUGGACCCAUCAACUACAAGGCUGCCUCCAUCCUGGCUGCCGAGCAAGAUCAGAAUCAGGGUACACAAAGUCCAACUGGUCUGCUCACUCCUGGU